AAACGGCUCAUGGUGACCGGAGGAGCACGCCGGCAGUUAAGUUUUUGCACCAAUAUCUCAUUUAUAUCGAUCAAAUACGGACAUUAAUUCAGCGGAUUCAUUCGUGAACUCGGUGCGGUUUUAGUUUUCUAACAGUACCGCUGGAGGUAGACGUUAUCGCCACGUUUUAACGAGGUAAUGCUUGAAUCGAGCUAUUUAGCAUCUGGCUAGUUGAUGUUACGGAUGAACUGGUUUUCAUGUUAACUGGUGACGGACUGCCUUUACUCGUUGCUGUUUGAGUCAGCAGGUGUUCUAACAAGACUCUUAAAAGGUACGAUACUUCGAAACUUUAUUGUGAAUGUGGUUAAACGGCGUUCACCAGGACAGCUACGGGUGUCUGGCGGGGUUUUAUAUCGGUUGUGACGGGCAGCUACGCCGGACGUUCGAGGACGUCGGUCACAAAUCAAUAGGGAAACCAGUUCAUGCGAAACACCAGCGGAGCACUCAUCCAAUUGGCUUUCGCGGGUCACGUGACGCAGCCCGCCGCCUCCUCUGCUCCUCUCCGCGGACUCUGGCCGGGGCCUGCCGCCGGCUGCUCGGUGGGAUGGAGACCGCCUCAGUGCGCUGCCUCCCCGGGGAGCCGAAGCUCACCAUCUCCUUCUGCCUGGACGGCAGCCACAAGCACAUGCUCCGGGACCAGGACGAGCCGCUGGGCAAGGUCCUGGCCCGCAUCGCCAACAGCAUCACCAAGAACCAGAACAAAGCCAAGAAGUCGAAGAAGAACCGGGACCAGCAGCCGAGCCUGCCGGUGGAGGCGGCCGCCCUGGUGAAGCUGUACCGCGGGGAGGACGAGGUGCCCGACACGGUGCCCAACUCGGAGGCCUGGCUGGACGGAGCCGUGCUGCAGGUGGGGGACGUCAAGUUCUCCGUGCGGAGAAACCCUCCUUCCUUCACCGCCGCGGAGCUGCCGGGCUCCCUGCUGGCCGGAUUCCCCGUCUGCCCCAAGCUGGAGGUGGAGUUUGGAAACCUGCAGGACUGCCAGUUCACCUGGUUCAGAGAAGACAGAGCAAGAGCCAGUGGUGAUGAUUCGGCGGAGCCUCCACAUCAGGACGGCGGCUGGUCGGAGGUCGGGUGUGAGCGUGUCUUCGUCCCGUCCAAUCAGGACAUCGGCCGCCGGCUCAAACUGAGCUGCACGCCCAGAGACGGGAGCCGCAGCGGCUCCACGCGGGAGCUGGUGUCUGCGGGGGCUGUGGAGGCCGGCCCGGGCGUGUGCACGUUCGAUAACCGUCACGCCUACACGGCGAGACAGGCGGCUUGGCCCGCCACGAGGGUGGUGUCCUACAACAUCCUGGCUGACGUCUAUGCCCAGACGGACCUGUCUAAGACGGUGCUGUACCCGUACUGCGCCCCCUACGCCCUGCAGCUGGACUACAGGCAGAACCUGAUCAAGAAGGAGCUGGCUGGGUACAACGCCGACAUCGUCUGUCUGCAAGAGGUCGACAAAGGGGUGUUUGUCGACAGUUUAACUCCGGCGCUGGACGCUUUUGGCCUGGAUGGCGUUUUCAGGAUCAAAGAGAAGCAACACGAAGGACUCGCGACCUUCUACCGCAGGUCGAAGUUUCGGCUGCUGAGUCGUCAUGACAUCAUGCUGAGUGAAGCCUUGACCUCUGACCCUGCCCACUCCGAGCUGCUGCAGAAGGUUUCUGCUAACGACGCCCUGAAGGACAAGAUUGUGCAGAGGUCCACCUCCCUGCAGGUCAGUGUCCUGGAGGACCUGAACAAACCCGGCAGGAAGCUGUGUGUAGCCAACACUCACCUCUACUGGCACCCAAAAGGUGGGAAUGUUCGCCUGGUCCAGAUGGGCGUGGCGCUCCGUCAUCUGGGUCGUGUGAUCAGUGAGGCAGCGCCCGGAGCCCCGCUGAUCUUCUGUGGCGACUUCAACUCCACUCCGAACUCAGGUGUCUUCCAGCUGCUCACUGAGACUCUGGUUCCUCAGCAACAUGCGGACUGGAGCAGCUCCGGACCCGAGGAGUCCUGCAGCAUGGAGCUGCCGUCGGGGUUCCCCCCCCUGCUGAGCGCCUACGGCCGGCCGGCCUACACCAACUACGUGGGAGGGUUUCACGGCUGCCUGGACUACAUCUUCAUUCAGCCGGAGAGCAUGCAGGUGGAGCAGGUGAUUCCUCUGCCCAGCCACGAGGAGGUCACCACACACCAGGCUCUGCCCAGCGUCGCUCACCCCUCCGACCACAUCGCUCUGGUCUGCGACCUGCGCUGGAGCCCCUGACCUCCAAACAUCCAAACUGAGAGACCAUCAACUCCUCUGCAGAUUUUACAGCAGAAAAUGAAGCUUAAACCAGAAGAGACGCCUCUGAAUCCACUCUACAAUAACAGCGUUGCCUUAUUUCCAGUCUUUGGUUUGGACUUUCAUCACUGAUGUUCAGUAAGAAUAAAACUGCCUUUUUGAGUAUCAGUUUAUGCAUUCUGUAUGGAAUAAUAUGUUUGAGCUGAAACCACCAUGUAAUUAUAAACUUCUGAAACAGCUGGUUAAUGAAUAUAUAUCUGCGUUUUAACAUUAUUUAUUAUGACCAUGGUCGAGUGAUUUGCCUGCUGCUGGGACUUUGUUCUUUUAAUAAAGUUUCAGUCUGAUGCUUUGA